CCUCUCCUCCCUCCCGCUCCUGGGAAAGAGAGAAGCCACCCCUGCGGGUGGCUGGAGAAGCACUCGGCGCCUCCGGGAGGGUACCGCGCCCGCCCAAUCUGAGCCUCGGAGCACUGCCGGACCAGGAGGACAGUUGUGAAGCCAGUGCACUUUCGAUUCAGUGGGGCUGAAUGGGUGAGUUACCAAAUACCCUCCUAUGUUUGAGAUCCACAGACUACAUGCCCUACAAGAACAAAUCAAUGAUUUUUCAUCUCCUGGAGAUACAUUAGAAACAUAAAUAUGGUGUCAAAAGAUCUCCUUACUUUUCUCUGACUACGGUUUAUUUGGACGUACUUUUGUAUUGAAGAGAAUUAUACGGACUGAGGCUACUUGUGCAGAGACUCUGUCGUGUAAAAUCAUGGACCAUCCUAGUAGGGAGAAGGAUGAAAGACAACGGACAACUAAACCCAUGGCACAAAGGAGUACACACUGUCCCCGACCAUCUGGCACCUCAACGUCCUCUGGGGUUCUUAUGGUGGGACCCAACUUCAGGGUUGGCAAGAAGAUAGGGUGUGGGAACUUCGGAGAGCUCAGAUUAGGUAAAAAUCUCUACACCAAUGAAUAUGUAGCUAUCAAACUGGAACCAAUAAAAUCACGUGCUCCACAGCUUCAUUUAGAGUACAGGUUUUAUAAACAGCUCGGCAGUGCAGGUGAAGGUCUUCCACAGGUGUAUUACUUCGGACCAUGUGGGAAAUAUAAUGCCAUGGUGCUGGAGCUCCUUGGCCCUAGCUUGGAGGAUUUGUUUGACCUCUGUGACCGAACUUUUACUUUGAAGACGGUGUUAAUGAUAGCCAUCCAGUUGCUUUCUCGAAUGGAGUAUGUGCACUCAAAGAAUCUCAUUUACCGAGAUGUGAAGCCAGAGAACUUCCUGAUUGGCCGACAAGGCAAUAAGAAAGAGCAUGUUAUACACAUUAUAGACUUUGGACUAGCCAAGGAGUACAUUGACCCUGAAACCAAAAAACACAUACCUUACAGGGAGCACAAAAGUUUAACUGGAACUGCAAGAUAUAUGUCUAUCAACACGCAUCUUGGCAAAGAGCAAAGCCGGCGGGAUGAUUUGGAAGCCCUAGGCCAUAUGUUCAUGUAUUUCCUUCGAGGCAGCCUACCCUGGCAAGGACUCAAGGCUGAUACAUUAAAAGAGAGAUAUCAAAAAAUUGGUGACACCAAAAGGAAUACUCCCAUUGAAGCUCUCUGUGAAAACUUUCCAGACCAAGAUAGGUUUUAUCACUUUCAUUUGGGUCAUAAAGAAAACACCAGAUAUUCUUGGCUUGGUCCAGAGCUUCUCGCCAUGGGAAGCAUUCAGCUCGUGAACAUGGCCUUUCACCUCUUUUCUACAGAAGAGAUGGCAACCUACCUGCGAUAUGUCAGGCGAUUAGACUUCUUUGAAAAACCUGACUAUGAGUAUUUACGGACACUCUUCACAGACCUCUUUGAAAGGAAAGGCUACACCUUCGACUAUGCCUACGAUUGGGUCGGGAGGCCUAUUCCUACUCCAGUAGGGUCAGUUCACGUAGAUUCCGGCGCGUCUGCAAUAACUCGAGAAAGCCACACGCACAGGGACCGGCCAUCACAGCCGCCUCUGCGAAAUCAGACUGCAUCGUCAGAGCGCCGAGGAGAGUGGGAAAUCCAGCCCAGCCGGCAGACCAAUACCUCAUACCUGACGUCUCACUUGGCUGCAGACCGCCAUGGGGGAUCAGUGCAGGUGGUUAGCUCAACCAACGGAGAGCUGAAUGUCGAUGACCCCACGGGAGCCCACUCCAAUGCACCAAUCACAGCUCACGCCGAGGUGGAGGUAGUCGAGGAAGCUAAGUGCUGCUGUUUCUUUAAGAGGAAAAGGAAGAAGACUGCCCAGCGCCACAAGUGACCAGUGCCUCCCAGGAGUCCUCAGGCCCUGGGGACUCUAACUUGAUUGCACCUGCAGCUCCUGCCACUUUUCACUGGAAGGGACUCCUCUGUGGGGGAGGGUAGAGAUCCAAACCAAAAAGAAGAAAACAGAUGCCCCCAGAAGGAGCCAGUGCGGGCAGCCAGGGCCCAGUAGGUCAUUGGCCACCCCGCCUGCCUAAAGCUCUGAGCAGGUCCCAGAGCUGCUGCUCCUCCACUGAUUGCCCUUGGGGGGCUGCCUGGUUGACUCUCCUUCCUAUUGUUUACAGUGAAGGUGUCAUUCACAAAAACUCAAGGACUACUAUUACUAUUCUCUUCCCUCCCCGGUAGUUUACUCCUGGUUCUUGCCCAACCCUCAACCCUCUCCAGCAGAGAAGCUAGUGAGUUACAGGCUUUGUCUGCUGAAGGCUCUCCAGAGGCGGGGGGUGUGGCCAAGGAGGCAGGGGGAAGAGGCAGGCCUGGGCAGGAGAAGAACCUUCUUCAGCUACCAGGGUGCCUGGCAGUAUGUGGCUCCCUCCUCCUCUGUGCCUGCACAGCCCCCAGCCCCAGCUGGCCACGGGGUGCAGGUUCCUCCCUCCCCUGCUCCCUCCUAUGAAGUUACACUGUUGGACAAGCUGUGAGAAAUCUGCAGUCUACUGUCCCCGCGUGCUGGCAUUCUUCGCUCUCUUGACAAGCGAACUCUGUUCUCCAGAUGGUAGUAGGACAAUACAAAUUGUUCUGAGCAAAGGAAAAAAAAACUGACUUUAUUGCACUUUUAGUUUUUGUUUUUGUUUUGUUUUUUAACAAAAAAUAUGGCAGAUGCAUAUUGUGUCUGGUUAUAUUGGGAGUUUUACUGUUUUUGUUUUGAGGGGGAUGGGGCCAGCCAAGCCAUUCAGAGAGAACAUGGGUCCAGAGGACAUGCUCAGUGGGAAAAGUUGGGUCUGCAGCACCCAGAAGAGAAGAAGCCAAACUCUGUGUCAUUCUGAGUCAACGCUCAGGUUGGCAAGGAAACAUACUUGAAUACUCAUUCAUCUUCUCAACUGCUGAAGAAUGUCCCUACCAGAGCCUCUUGACCUCAUCAGCCUACAGUUUGGACACCCUUGCUCUCCGGCACAUGGGAUGAUCCAGCCAAGCCAGACUGUGACCAGAAGGAGAUGCUUGACAAAAAAAUUGGAAAUAAUUAGUUUCCUCCACUGCCAGGGACUUCCACCUAAAUAGCCAUGUGACUUCCAUAGUAACUUGGGGGACAGAUUAGUGAUGAAAGAGCCACUGCCAUAUUGCCACUAGUGGACAAGAAGAGGAGGAACGUGAGCCUGCCUUCCAACUGCCAGAGAACCUCAGGAUUUGGUAUCAUAGGGCCAGGAAAUAAAAUCGGCGUGUACUGUCUGCCCCAAUAGCUGAGUGAUAGCUUUUGGGCUGGCCUGCCUUACUAGAAAGCACCCACAGAUCUUCUCCCAGCAGGUCCACAGCAGCAGGCUGAGGACUGAGCAUGUGGGGCUGUCGUGAACAGGAGGAUAAGAUUGGUUGGUACUGGAAAAUUCCAGGGGAAAGGAUAUUGAAAUGAAAGGUCUGAAAUUAUCUUCUCAACUGGAUGUAGACUCCUUCCAAAUAAGAUGGCCACGUAUCAAGAGCAUAUUUUCCCCAGUCCACUGUCGUCGGCCUUCCCAUGUGAGGUAGUCAGCGAACCUACUACCGUGAAGGGUCUUGGUUCUUCAUUCACUGCUUGGAAAGUCAUCAAUAUGUGGAGUUAAUCUCAUUGUGCUCAAUUUUCAUUUGAGCUCAGCGGAUUUGCAAACAGUGAUCUCAUUCCAGAUGUGAUAGAGGAGAAAGAAUCACGUCAGGGAACAAGGCCUUGUGUCUGGGAGUAGGGAGAGCUAACCAUGGAGGACCAGAGGCUGGCGGUUUGGGGAACACAGAAAUCAGUGCCUCUGGCUUGAGGUGGAGGGCCAUCUUUUGGACUGGAGGAUGUGGGGAUACUUUCUGGUAGUUGGCAUGUCCUGACAAGUCCCUUGAUGCAUCUCACAUGGAGCAAAAAUAGCAGUCGCAUGGAUCAGAGUUUCUGGGCUUUAGCCGUUCCAUUGGGCCUUGGCUAGGAAGUAUCACUUUACUGGCUCCAGACCCGCUCAGCUCAUGUGUAGAUCGUGAUCUUUCAUUUCUUUAAAAGAAAUUUUCCUGUAUACAGAACAGAGUGACUGGGAGACACAGUGUCACAUCCCUUUUCCACAAGGAUUUUGACUAUUGCUUCCUCGAUAUUACCUAGUGGUUAAGGCACCAUCAUGGAAACUUAUUUCUUAAUUGGCAUUUGGGCAACUUGAACUUCCUGUAUAGUAUCUUUAACUUCCUUAUCCCUUGUCUCUCUCUCAAAGGAGGGCAAGGGAAAGUGGUGACAAAGCCUCUAGCAUCCUGGCACUCCAUACCCACUAAGUGCCUCCCCACCUCUGCUUCCACAAAAAAGCAAAGGCAGUGACCAGCUUGGCUCAGGGCAGGCCCCCCUGCAGCUGGGUUUGUGACUUUAUUUUGGGCUUAAAUGUUUUUAAAGGCUAGCUCUUGAGGGGUUUAAACCUAAGCAGUUAUGGGGGUUCCUUCCUAAUGCACUGUUCUUUCUCUGUCCCCCCCCCACAUCUCUUACUAGGUAUGUGAUUUUCAUAACAAAGGCCAUUAGCACUCCAAGGUGGUCCCAGACCCCAGAGAAAUUCUAUUGCGAUCUUCCUGAAAAAUAAAAAGACUACCUAAGGAAUAAUUUGGCCAUCAGUACCAUCCCCACCAGCACAUCAGGGCUCCCUCCUCCACCCGUUUGCUAUAUUUGCUUAGCGCUGUGCCUCAGCCAGGCCCCCGAGGCUGGGCACCCCCUCCACCCACCAGCCACCCCAGUCCACUCACUGCAGUUUUUUGAGCUUUCUCCAUUUCUCAACAUGGUGCCUAGGGAUCUUUUCUUUGGGAUUGUUGCGGUUGCUUCUGAGUUAGCAGUAAGUACUAACAGCAUCUGUUCAUUAAAAAACCCUUACUACAUGCCACCAGGAGUUCUCCCAAGCCCUGCGGCCCCUCUGGCAUUGUGUCCUGAGCAGAUUGAGGGAGGCAGGCCAGCGAUCCAGCCAGGCAUAAACGGUCCUUCUGUAUGCCCAGAGGAUGACCGGCGUCUGCGCAGUCGGGCGUUGCAAGGGUUGAACCCUUGCCGCACACACGUGCCAUUUCCCGGGGAUCUCACUCUGGACUCCUCUGCAAGGGCAGGCAGUGUGCCAGCAGCCACUAUGCUCUCGUGACCGCCUUAAUGAACAUUCUGCUGUACUGGGUCUGUCUAGGAGUAAACAGAGUCUAAGAAGGUACAAGUCAAGGGACUCGGCUGACCUCCAGUUCAAGUUCCAUUUCACUCUGACCCGCAGGGGCAACAGGAGAUGGCAGGAUCCUGGAGUUUUCAGUAGUGGUGUCGAUUUAUCUGUUUAUGUCCAUGAACUCCGAUUACAAAGAAAACAGCCCCCGCCAGAAGCCAGAAGAGGGUCCAUCGCCUCUUUAUCCCAACGUAGUUCACUGGAAGUGUAUGCUGAUGGUGCAUAUUCAGUGUUGAUUCUCAGUGCGAGUAACCAUCUUUAAUGUCAGAAAUACGCAGUGAUGGUAAUGUAUGUCGGAGUGGUUACUAAAGAUCAUAGCCUUAAAUUUUUCAUAUGCAAAAGAAGAAUUUAUCCCCCCCUCCCCCCGCCCAGUGAGCAAGCAUGGCCUGCGUUUCUCAAAAACAGCCCAGAAAGCAUCUCAAAGGAACGUAUUCUUCUAAUGCAUCUCUCCCAAUUCCACCUGCUUCGUGUGUGUCCCAGUCACCUCUUCCAUUUUCAUAUUUAAGCCAGUUUUCCAUCCCCAGUGAGUUGCCCUGACAAUAUCCUCUCCAGUGUCAGCCACGUUAGGGCUAGAGUCCCUCAGAUUGGGAGCUUAGGGAACCAUCUGGCCAACAUUGCCUUUGCCAGUCCACUGCCACCCUCCCCACACUGCCCCAAGCUGGGUGGAUGAAUUCCAGCAACCCUUAGGGAGCCAGCGUCACAUGGCACCCCAUCUGGAUUGGCCAUAUGAGCAACAGGCACUUGUCUCUGGGGUUCUUGCUUUUGCCAACUUCAGACCUCUGGGAAAGCCCUGUCUAGAGAUUGAUGGCCAGUGACUCCCAGUCUUCCCUGUGAUGGGUCGGCAGGAAUCGAAAUGAGAUCCCUCUAGUUUUGUUGUCUUGCUUGGGGGCUGGGGUGGGGGGGAGGGGUGGCUUCGUUUCUGAAUCUUAAAAAAAGGAAACCACGGCCCUUGUGAGGGUUUACAGAGUUUUGAGCAGUUUUUAGCCACAAAUAAGGAAUCUUGAAAGUCUUCAAUCAAUUAAGCAGUCUUAAAAACAGGUUUCUCAUAACUACUUUUGCAGGUGACUGAGUGCAAAAGAAUAGGUUUCUCCAUUGUAUUCAAAAUAGUAAGUAGGUUCCCUGGAUAUAGACAGUAGUAGUUGACAGAUUUCCUUAAAAAGCAACCAGGAAGUCCACCCCAGUAUUUGUAGAUCAGCUUACAAAGGAAAAAGUGAACGUGUACUCCAUAUAUUUUUAGUUUUGUUACCAAACUUGAUGUUAUAAAGAAACCUCGUUCUGUGGACAGAAUUUCUUUUGUUACUUUCCUCCUCUUUGUCCUCACAAUCAUAUUUCCAGUGCCAUCACCACCUUCAGUGUCUCAGAGCAGAGGGUUAUCCAUGGUAAUAAGUGGGGGUGCAGUGCACUCAUCCCGGUAACACACGAGGACAGCUGCCUGACUGCCCCUUCCCUGCAAACCCCCCUCUUUCAGGGCAGGUGAGACAUUUUCAGUGUUCCUCUUCAUGAGCUCCAGACCAAAUCCCAGGCCAGCCCUUGCACCGAAAGCUUUCUUUAAGAGGUUUGUCAAUCUGUUAGGAAUGUCUCAGGAAAAAUGAGCCAUUUCUUUGGGGGGAAAUACACUUACAAAUGGGUGUAUAUGUGGUUGCACUUGUAUGCCUGUGUGUGUGUGUGUGUGUGUGUGUGUGUGCACGCGCAUUCGUGCACAUUCUCAUCUGUGCAGUUCACUUCCAUAAAGACUUACAGCCCAGGCCGCUGGGAACAUGUGUUACUGCAUAUUCUCAGAAGUAAACAACUAACAAGUGAGCUUCUCGAAUUAGUGUCACAGGAAGCUGGCUCUGGGAAUGAGCCCCAUUUAUCGAGCAGAAGAGUAAACAGCAGAAAAGAUAAGAGAUGAAACCAAAAAUAUAACCACCCCCCCAAUGGAAAGUAAUGUUGAUUCAUCAAUUCCCAUUGGAUAUAUUACAUGCUCUAAUUUAUUAUAUUAUUAUUUUGUCUGUUUCUUUAAUCUUUGCCCAUUGUACUUUAAAAAAGAUGUUGGGAUUUGAUUGCAAUUUUUUUAAGACUAGAUGAUGUAUAAAUCAGCUGUGGAAAUCAGUUUUAAUUGCUGUGUGGAUGUGUCUGAUUAUUGUUAAAUUUUUUUUU